AUGGCGAAACAAGUCGACAUCAAACGGACCCCGUCCCCAGUGGUGUCGAUUGAGGAUGGCAGCAUGCGUAAGGCAACCGCAGAGGAUGCGAGAUUGCAGGAGAUGGGGUAUGAGCAACAGAUGAAAAGAGGCUUCAACUUCUGGUCCAUGACUGCCUUUUGUCUGACGGGCUUGGGACUGCUGCCCAGUCUUGGAGGCACGAUCUGGUACAGUUUGGGCUUUCUCGGUCUGCUGCCCAUGACAUGGGGAUGGCUCAUCGCUGUCUUCUUCAUCAUGUUCGAGGUCUUUGCUCUUGCCGAAUUGAGCUCUGCGAUGCCAACAGCGGGUGGGUUAUAUUAUUGGACAUAUCGAACGGCACCUCCAAAACUGAAAAGAUUCGCCUGCUGGGUAACUGCCUGGUGCAUGGUCCUCUCAGCCUCUCUCGGAGGCGGUUCGUUCUUCAUGACUCAGGCAAACAUGAUCCAAGCCCUGGUCGCCAUGUUCCAUCCUGAUUUUGCGCCAACUGAUUGGCAGUUAUAUCUGAUUUACCUCGCAUGCGUUUUCCUCUGCGCAGCAGCAAUGGUUUUGCCGAGCAAGAUCCUCGGUCGACUGAGUAACAUUUUCGUCUGGCUGGGCACGAUCACAUUCUUCGUGAUGCUCGUUGCUUUGCCAGUAUAUGCUCACAAGAACGGCCGUACCAACUCUGCCAAACAGAUGUUCACUUCAUCAUAUAACCAGACGCACUGGGAAAACAAGGCAUUUGUUUUCCUGAUGACAUUCAUGGUGCCUCUCUGGUGUAUCAGCGGCUACGACUCGACCGCACAUCUGGCUGAGGAAACAGAGAACGCAUCUGUCGCAGUGCCUCGCGCGAUGUGGAUCUCGUGUGCUGCAGUUGCAGUUCUCGGCUAUAUUUUCAAUGUGGUUUUGGCAUACGUCGCGACAGACAUUGAUGCGAUCUUCUCGUCUCCCCUCGGCCAGCCACUCGGAGCGAUUCUUGUACUAUCCAUGGGUGAUGGCGGCUUUACAAAGCUCCUGUGGAUCUGCACGGUGAUCUCGAACUUCGGUGUCGUCUUCGUCAUCAACACAGCGGGCACCAGGAUUUAUUUUGCGUAUGCACGAGAUGGCGCACUGCCGAUGGCGAAAUGGUUGAGCACAGUCAACCCGGUCACGAAAACGCCCAUCAACGCGACCAUUGCGCUUUCCACCGUUUUCGCUUUGCUGGGUCUUAUCUCCCUCGGCUCCUCAACAGCGUUGCAUGCGUUCUUCUCCGGAUCGUCCUUGGCUGGAGCUGUCACUUAUCUGAUGCCAGUAUUGAUGAGAUGCCUUUAUGAAGACAACCCAGACUACGUACCCGGACCAUUCAGUCUCGGCAAAUGGUCACGGCCAAUCAGAUGGGUAGCCAGCAUAUGGACAAUAUUCACACUCCCCCUCCUUGCCCUACCCGAGAAUCCUUAUCCGACAGCCAAGACGUUCAACUGGAGUCCGGUUUUCUUCGUCGGACUUCUGAGUAUUGUCGUGCCCUGGUAUUUCUUCCGAGCGCAUAAGUGGUUCCAUGGACCGACUGUGCAGAGCGCAGCUGGAAUGGCUUAUUGA